GCUCAUUGUAUUCCAAUGAAGUUCAUAAUUUUCACAUUGUUCGUUGCUCUGGCUGCUAUGAUGAGCGUCAGUAUGGUAGAAGCGGAUUGCCUUUCCGGCUUGUACAAGGGUCCUUGUGCCGCAUGGAGUGGACCAAACUGCAAUCGUGCCUGCAAUAAUGAGGGCCGUGGCAACGGACAUUGCUCUUCGGCUUUGAAAUGCUGGUGUGAGGGCUGUUAAGCCUAGCAAUCGCUUUCGGCUUGAACAGAAAAUAAAAUGUAAAUAAAGAAUAAAGUUAUUAAACAGCAGAAACUUGAA